AUGGCGAGAGAAUGUUAUGUAAUCACACGUGCGCGGGCCGCUCACGCCCCAGCGCGCCCACUGCCUGUCCCUUGUCCGAGCAGCAUGGUGGCGCAAAAGUCACAGGGUAUUCAAACGCUGCUGGAAGCGGAGAAGGAGGCCUCUAAGAUUGUUGAGCAGGCGCGAUCCUACCGCUCCCAGAAGCUGAAGGAGGCGCAGUCGGAGGCCGAGAAGGAGAUUGCCGACAUUCAGGCACAGAAGCAGAAAGAGCUGGAAGAAUUCAAGAAGAAGUAUGAGGGCACCCAAUCGUCGAGCCAGGACAAGAUCGACCGUGACACAAAGGACCGCCUGCGGGAGAUCGAGCAGGCGUUUGAAAAGAAGCGCAGCGAGCUCGUCAAGAAACUGCUGGAGCGCGUCGGCAAAGCAGACCCACAGCCCCACCGCAACUUGCACAAGAUCGAGGCCUAG